AUGCCCGGAGAUCUUCCAUCACUUAACCAGACGAUGCCAUCUGCCAUGAACAGCACAGCGCUACCAAGAGCCCGGAAUGAAAGUGCCGCUUUCCACGGAGAAGACAGCGAAGACGCAUCUCCUGGUUUGGACAUUCUGGCGACAAUUUCCAUCACAUAUGCUCUUAUCAUUUCCAUCGGUCUCCUAGGGAACACAAUACUUAUCAAAGUAUUUUUCAAGAUUAAGUCGAUGCAGACAGUACCCAACAUUUUCAUCACCAGUCUUGCUUUUGGAGACCUGCUUCUUCUCUUGACCUGCGUUCCGGUGGAUGCCUCUCGCUAUAUGGUGGACACAUGGCUUUUUGGAAGGAUUGGCUGCAAGGUGAUCUCUUUCAUUCAGCUCACUUCUGUAGGCGUAUCGGUAUUCACCUUGACCGUGCUCAGUGCCGACAGAUACAAAGCUAUUGUGAAGCCCUUGGAGCUGCAGACUUCAGAUGCGGUAUUAAAGACCUGUGGAAAAGCAGUGUGUGUCUGGGUAAUUGCCAUGUUGCUUGCAACCCCAGAAGCGGUGUUUUCAGAUCUCUAUGAAUUCAGCACCCCUGAUAAAAACACGUCUUUUAAAGCCUGUGCCCCUUAUCCAGUCUCGGAAAGAAUUUUACAGGAGGCUCAUUCUCUCAUGUGUUUCCUAGUGUUUUACAUCGUGCCCCUGUCAAUCAUUUCUGCCUAUUAUUUCCUUAUUGCAAAAACACUGUAUAAAAGCACCUUCAAUAUGCCAGCUGAAGAGCACACACAUGCCCGGAAACAGAUUGAAUCCCGUAAAAGAGUUGCAAAAACGGUGCUGGUGUUGGUUGCUCUCUUUGCCUUCUGCUGGUUGCCGAACCAUAUGCUCUACCUGUAUCGCUCCUUCACGUACCACUCGGCGGUGAAUUCCUCCAUGCUCCAUCUUUCUGCUACUAUCUUUGCCCGCAUACUUGCUUUUAGCAACUCCUGUGUCAAUCCAUUCGCCUUAUAUUGGCUCAGCAGAAGUUUUAGGCAGCAUUUUAAAAAACAGGUGUACUGCUGCAAGACGCAUGCGCCCCCAUCCCAACCAAGCCCAACCCAUAGCUGCACGAACACGGCAAUAACUGCCAUCAAAGGCAACAUCCCAAUGUCGGAGAUCAGCAUUGGUUUAUUAGGAGCUUAUGACAUGAAGAGGGACAGUGACAGUAUAUAA